AUGUCGUUCUCUAAUCUCACCGACGUCGCUUCAUUCUGCACCGCGCACGCCGACAAAGUCUUCGGCCCGGUAGUUGCCAUCACUCUUCUUGUGGGCCUUCAAUUGGCCCAGGUCGUUCUAUGGGCAUCGAAUCCCUCGAGCCGCACUCGAGCUUCGGUGCCUUCCGCUGUCCUCUCCUUCGUUUGUGCACUUGCAAUAUACCCAUUGUCCUAUCUGGAACAGACUCGCUCUAUCCACCCCUCGACCCUUCUGGAAAUAUACCUCUUAUCAUCUCUGGUACUCGGUAUCCCCCAAGCGCGCACGCUGUUCCUUCGACACGAUGACCUGUCAAUCGCAGGCGUUUUUGUGGCGGGUAUUGGAGCUAUGCUACUACUCUGGACCUUGGAAUCUCGAAACAAAACGAAAAGCCUCAAGGAUCCGUAUAGAGAGUACCCCCCCGAGGCCACUCGGGGCGUUUGGAGCCGAACGUUCUUCUUGUGGUUGAACUCCUUGUUCGUUACGGGCCUCAAGAGACUCCUUUCCAUGAAUGAUAUCUGGAAGCUCCCGCCGAGCAUGUCAUCAGAGCGGCUGCGGGAUGACAUGCAGAGGUCCUGGGACCAACGGCCUAUACCAGAGCGACGGCGAUCUCUGGUCUGGGCAAGCAUAAAGUGCCUCCGGUGGCCGCUACUUUCCGUCGUACUUCCUCGCAUUGCAUUGAUCGGCUUCAACUAUGCUCAGCCUUUCUUGAUAAGCCGCGUAAUCAGCUUUGUAGGGCAACCACGUGCUUCCCAGAACUAUAAUGAGAGUCUUGGCUUGAUCGCAGCUGCGGGUCUGAUCUACACCGGCGCAGCUAUGACCACCGUGCUGUACAUGCACAGACUAUAUCAGUCAAUUACGAUGUUUCGUGGUGCUCUCGUUGGCCUCGUCUUCAAUAAAACACUUAAUCUCCGCGAUGGCGUGUAUGACGAGUCGGCUGCAGUAACGCACAUGUCCACCGAUAUUGAUAGGAUUGCCGAGGGAAUGAAGAACAUGCACGAGACCUGGGGUCGCCUUAUCGAGGUGGCAAUUGGCAUUUGGCUGCUCUCAGUCCAGCUAGGUGCAGUCUCUAUCACACCUAUCGUGAUAGUAGUCAUCUGCGCUGGCAUAAAUACGCGGGCCGCGAAGACCUCAAGCAUUCGGCAAAAGAUUUGGGGCGCGUCCGUACAAACACGCAUUGGAGGGACGGCUUCCCUGCUGGGUUCCAUGAAGAGCGUAAAAAUGAUGGGACUGGCAGACUUGAUGUCUGAAAACAUUUUAGCUGACCGUAUCCACGAAAUGAAUACAGCGAAAGGGUUUAGAUGGGUGCAAGUAUUUGUUAACUCUACAGGGUAUACUCCUGCGGUUUUCGCACCCGUCCUGACUUUUGUCGCGUACGAAAUCAAAGCACGGAUCCAAGGGUCAAACUCUCUGUCGACCAACCAAGCGCUGACCUCGCUGGCUACUGUCACUCUGUUAACGCACCCUGCGUCUGUCCUGUUAACGUCUAUUCCUGAAACUGGUGCCAUUCUCGGAUUGUUCGACCGUGUCCAGGGAUUUCUGGUCGCCUCUUCUUGGGAGGACGCGAGAGGAUAUCUAAGAAACAGUGCCUCUCCGGAGUCGGACCAGGACCCAUUUCAACCAGAGACAGGCCUAGAGCUUCAAGAGAUCAAGGGCUUCCAGCGUCCUUCAAUUUCUUCCGCAGCGUUUCCAGACCGUUCAGAAACAAAUGCAAUCUUCAUGGCUGGCAUAACUGUUCGACCUUCGCCGACCUCCUCGCCCGCAAUCACCAACGUCAAUAUGCAAGUUCGGGUUUCUUCCACGACCAUCCUAUCAGGACCAGUAGGAUCGGGUAAAUCUACCCUCCUGAAAGCUAUACUGGGUGAGCUUCCUUUGGACGCGGGCAAGAUCUCCGUGUCUUCGAAGCAUGUUGGGUACUGCAGUCAGACACCGUGGAUUUUGAACACCACAAUUCAACGAAACAUCUGCGGUCCCGUCAAGGUGUCUAAAGUUGACGAGGCGUGGUAUCAGACCGUAUUGACGGCCUGCAAUCUCGAUCACGACCUGCUACGAUGGGAACACGGGGAUCAAAGCAUUCCGGGCUCGGGGGGAUUGGCACUCAGUGGCGGGCAGAAACAACGUGUUGCUCUUGCGCGUGUGCUAUAUGCGAAACCGGAUAUCGUGCUUCUUGACGAUGUGUUGAGUGCUUUGGACAGUACCACGGAGCGACAGAUUACCAACAGUCUCUUUGGCCCGAACGGGCUCUUUCAGAAACUAGGAUGUGCAGUCGUGUUGGUUACUCAUUCUACUCGUCAUUUCCACCUCGCCGAUCACAUUGCGAUCCUGAAUAAAGACGGCACGGUCUCUCAGCAAGGAACCUUUGAGGAACUGAAAGUGCAGGAGGGUUAUAUCAAAGGUCUCCUCUUAGACCCGCACCACGGAACGGACGACAUAACUUCAACAACGCAAAUUACCACGCAGAAGCGACCAGUUGUCAAAGGCGUCAGUGCGAACGAUGUGUCGGACCUGACUCGCAAGACUGGAGAUGUUGCCGUCUAUAAAUACUACUUUAAAACUACCAGCCGAUUCGGGAUCGUAUGUCUUCUCGCCGCCAUAGCGUCCUACUGCUUCUCCUUUUUCUUUCCACAGCUAUGGCUCGUAUGGUGGACAGAAGCGAACGGGCACGAAAACGGUAAAUACAUCAGUGUCUACGUGUUAUUGGCGGUAAUAGCUUGGGUUUCUAGAGCUUCCAUGCUAUCGUUUCUCCUGCUCUGGGUAUCCCCGAUCUCCUCCAUCAAACUGCACGAGAUCCUCCUGCGAACGGCCACCAGGGCUCCACACUCCUUCUUCACGAAAACUGACACCGGGAUCACGCUGAAUCGUUUCAGCCAGGAUAUCGGCCUGAUAGACCGCGUACUCCCACUAUCAGCUGCCCGCGUCGCGCUCUCCUUCGUUAUCAUCGCCCAGGCAGCGCUCAUCGCCCAAGGAUCCAGCUACAUGGGGAUUACCCUACCAUUCAUCUGCCUUGCUACGUAUCUCCUCCAAAAGGUCUAUCUUCUGACCUCAAGGCAACUCCGUUUCCUCGACUUGGAAGCCCGAAGUCCUGUAUACACCCACUUUCUCGAAUGUCUAGAGGGCCUAUCCACUAUCCGUGCCUUUGGUUGGGCACAUGCAGCGCAAGAGGUAAUGAUAAGGCGUCUCGAUAUCUCUCAGCGGCCGUAUUAUCUCAUGUUCUGCCUCCAGCGAUGGCUUGCGUUGAUCUUGGAUCUUAUGAUCGCCGUAAUCGGCGUCAUUGUUGUGGCCCUUGCUGUGAGAGUGCCGGGAACAUCCAGCGGCGCAGCAAUUGGGAUCGCGCUCAACAACGUCCUCGGCUUCAACCAAUCUCUCCGCCUGCUAAUCGACAGCUGGACGCAAUUCGAAACUUCUCUGGGUGCCAUCGCACGCGUCAAGAACUUCGAAGCUGAAGUCCUUCCGGAGGACAAGCCCGAAGAAAUAGCAGAAGUACCAGCAUCGUGGCCAGAGCAAGGCGCAAUUGAAUUCAAAGACGUUUCCGCCUCCUAUGGUACCGCCGCACCGGCCCUGAAAAACAUCUGCCUCUCCGUCAAUCCCGGGCAAAAGAUCGGUAUCUGUGGCCGCACCGGCUCCGGUAAAUCAUCGCUCCUCUUGACCCUCUUCCGCCUCCUCGAUCUGUCUUCGGGCAACAUCAUCAUUGACGGCGUCGACAUUUCCACCAUCCCCCGCGAAACACUCCGGACGCGUCUAACCUGCAUCCCACAAGACCCUUUUAUCCUCCCGACCACCGUCCGCCGGAACCUCGACCCGUCCUCUACGUCUGAAAAGUCGAAUCCCAUUCCUGAUAGCGAACUCAUCGCCGCCCUUGAGCGCGUUCACCUCUGGCAACCCAUCCUCACGCGUGGUGGCUUGGACGCACAGAUGAAAACAACGCCGUUGUCAGCAGGGCAGCAGCAGCUUUUCUGCCUCGCGCGGGCGAUGCUACGGAGAACGAGGAUACUGGUUCUAGAUGAGGCGACUAGUAAUGUCGACCAAGAGAUGGAUCAACUGGUGCAGGCGGUGCUCAGAGAAGAGUUUAGGGAGAGGGGCUGUACAGUCAUCAUGGUGGCGCAUCGACUGGAGACGAUUCGGGAUGCGGAUGUGGUGGUAAGGAUGGGGGAGGGGAAGGUAGUGGAUGUGGGCACGCCUGAGAAGAUAUUGGGGGAGGCUGGGCGAAUUGGAAGAGGUAGGGAGACUUUAGGAGAGUGACGAAGCUGCACUGCUGUAAGCUUUGAGAUACAGCACCUGUCGGCUUCCCUUCCAAAGAUGGGAUAAUCUACAGUAGCAUGAAGACGUCACUAGCGUCUUAGUUCACAGUGCGCAAGCCUUCACUUCUCGCUCUAUAACUUACUAUUAGCGCACGAAGCCCUCAAGACCGGUGCCAAUCCACAAUUGUUGUACAACUAUGAUUUAGUGUUGCGUGUUCUUCAAAGCUAGCGAACUCAUCUCUACAUAUCAAC